AUGGUGGCUGAGAAGAAUGAAGAGCACCCUUUGGCGAAAGCUGAUGAUUACACUAGAAGCGAUCAAGAAUCAGGCGAUUUAUCAGCUGAGGAGCUUAAACGCAAGAAGAUGAUCAAAAUAGCCACAUAUGUGGUUGCUUUUGUAAUCUUCCAGGUCAUUGUUAUCACAACACUUGCACUAACUAUCAUGAAAGUUAAGUCUCCGGUGCUGACACUAGACAACAUUCAGCUCCAAACGCAGACAACCACUACCAAGUCGCCAUCUUUUGAUAGGAGCUUCUCAACCCAAGUUAGAGUCAAGAACACCAACUUCGGGCCCUACAAGUUUCAAGCCACCACCCUCAACUUCACCUACGCCGGAGCCACCGUGGGACAAGUUGUUAUUCCUAAGGGCAAGGCUGGAAUGAUGUCCACCAAAAAGAUUAAUGAUGUGAUUGUUAUGUUGAGUUCAACUAAAUUGCCAAGCAGUGCUGAACUUGAGAGUGAGUUGAGUCUGAGUAGCUCGGCUAGGAUGAAUGGGAAAGUGGAGCUGAUGUCGAUUAUGAAGAAGAAGAAGAAGUCCAUAACCAUAAACUGCACAAUUACUAUUGAUGUGGCUGCUAAGAACGUCCGGAGUUUGCAAUGUUGGAGCAGGAGGCCGAGGACAAAACCAAUGUCUAAACCCAAGAAAACAAUAUACAAACCUGAGCAAAAGAAGAAAACAACAAAAAAGGCUUGA